GGGGGCGGGGAGGAGGACCAGGUGCGCAGUGGGGCGAGGGCCAGGUGCAGGGCAGGGCGGUGAGGAGGAGCAGGUGCCGCUCAGGGCGUGUGGGUGCCCCAAGCUGGCCAGGAGCCCCGGGACCAGUCGUCUCCUGGAGCCCGAUUCAGGCUACCGGAGGAGACCCCUCUGUGGUUCCGGGUCUGACUCCUUCCUGCUCACCAUCCCCCCCGCCUCAGGAUGCCUAUGACAUAAACCAGCUGCACCACCCCACAGAGCUGAUGGCCCUGGGGGUCCCUCUGGGGCGGCCGCCACUGCGCCGUGACGCCCCGUAUGGCCACAUGCCCCCCACCCCAGCCACCCCGAGUGCUGCCCAGCAGCCCGGCUGACAUCGCUGACUUAAUCAGUGAGGGCCUGGAGGCUGCAGACGGCGACCCCAGCGUCCCACCCUACGACACAGCCCUCAUCUACGACUACGAAGGAGACGGCUCCGUGGCGGGGACGCUGAGCUCCAUCCUGUCCAGCCUGGGUGACGAAGACCAGGACUAUGACUACCUCCGAGAAUGGGGCCCCCGCUUCACCCGACUGGCGGACAUGUACGGCCACUCGUGAGGGCGGCAGGCUGACAGGCCCUGGGGACAGCACCUGGUGGCAGCCCUCCCAGGCCCAGGGAAGGGCGGGGCUCCCUGCUGUGAGCCAAAGAGCUGGGGAGCACCAUCUCCCAGCCAUGGGCACACGUGGCCCUGGGGCCCCCACUGGACACCCAAGCACCAAAGGCACCCAGCCAGCCCCUACAGGGACAGGCCUUGUCCCCCUGGCUGGAGCUAGACCAGGUGCUGGGGUCAGAUUCUAGAACCGUGGAGAUGGGGCAGCCAGAAAGAGGUGCCCGUCCGGCCU